GGCUUUGUGUGAGAGUGUAGACUUGGCUUUCUUGCUUCCCUUCGCGCGUCGUCCCGCCGCUCAGUUUCUUGUCAGGACGUAUCAACCUUUCCCUUUUUCUUAGGUGCCUAAUACCUAACAACUGGCUUCCUCCUGAGCCUCUGUUUUUUCUGAAGUGAAUGACCGACUUUUGAGCGUAGAUCUUCGUUUCGGAUAUGUGUGUGGUGAGUCCAAGAAAACCUGAAUAUUUACACAUAGUUCUCACUUUUAUUACAGCUAGAAGACUUCCUUCCUACCCUCUGGAUCAUAGCUCAGUACAUAACUGAAAAUGAUUGAUUCUGUUAAAGUAAGGAGACAGUGCAGUAUGGAUUUUUAUGCUCAUUAUGAGCAGCUCUGUGCUUUAGAAGGCUCUGCCCCUUUAACAUCUGUGAAAGCCAAAAAACUUUAUAAUAUUCUUGAUAUUAAUGCGGAUCGUAUUAAAGCUGCUGAUUGGAUACCUCUACUACGUGCAGUCAGACAUAACAAGACUUUAACUUUUAUUGCAAUAAAGAGCUGUCACCAUCAGGGUCCUGGGGACUCAGGUCUUGAAAAACAGGGAACAGGUAUAAGAAGAAGAAUUCCAGCAAUUCGAUCCAAAGACUUAACUGGACAAUUGUCUAAAGCUAUCAAAGGUUGUCUGAUGGUAUCAAAGGCCCUGGGAAAGCUAGAACUACAUGGGUUGCUUUUGAGGGAAAAGGACUUAAUAUUAUUGACAAAAGUAAGAUUAUUAAAUUGCAACAUAUUUUUGAUUUCAAGAUGUACUUGCUUUAAAAGAUUAUUAAUAUUCUUUUUUUUAAAGGGGUUGGCUAAUACAUCAUCUUUGGAGAGACUAUCUUUAGCCCACUCACCAAUAGGUGAUGGAGGUUUAGAAAUAAUUUGUCAGAGUGUGAAGAAUUCGGCUUGCAUCAAAUCUAUAGAUUUUACAGGAUGCAGUUUAACCUGGCGAGGAACAGAACACAUGGCCAGCAUCCUGAAACACCAGGCAAUGAAAAGACACGGUGAAGCUUGGGCUGAAAGUCUCCGCUAUAGGAGACCUGAUUUUGAUUGUAUGGCUGGCUUGAGGCGCAUCACUCUCAACUGCAAUGCGCUUAUUGGUGAUCGAGGUGCUGCUGUUUUAGCUGAUUGCCUUGCCGAAGAUCUGUGGCUAAAAGCACUUGAUUUGCAGCAAUGUGGAAUUAGCAGUGAAGGGGCAAAAUCACUUUUGGAUUCAUUUAAAACUAACAGAACAUUGGUGGUUCUGGACAUCAGAAAAAAUCCAUUAGUAGAUCAUGCUUUAAUGAAGAAAAUAAUUGAAAAGGUUCUCAUGAAUGCCAAUGGCACUAACUUGGAGUACAAGUGGCUUCCUUCUCCAGUCUCAAAAGAUGUUAAAAACAAACCCAAAAAAAGAACAGUUGUCUUGGGAAAUGGCAGAAAAGGAAAAGCUACUAUACGUAUUGGAUUUUCAUCAAAAAAAUCACUCAGUUCUAGUAAGACAACUUUAUGGGAUCAAGACAACUAUGCUCCAAAGCCAUUACCCCCAGGGACACAUGGUUUCCUGCCCUGGCGUACUGCUGAACGUGCAAAGCACCAUAGGGCUUCAUCUACAAAAAAUGCCCAUGAAUUUCCAUUGCAGAUACAGACGGGUAUUCCUGUGACAGUGACUGUAGAAAGUGCUUCUGCAUCUGAAACUGAAACAGAGGGUGCCAUGGACAAUGUCAUUUGCAGAAAGGAUACAGAAUCCUCCAAAUUAACCAAUUUAAAACAUUGGCAUCAGUUACAGAUGGAGUAUGAAGAAUGUCACUUAAGACUAAAAGAAGAACGAAAAGCAAGGAUGAUUGCUGAAGAACGGAUAAUGGAGUUGGAAUUGGAAAACACUCAAUUACGGAAUAUAAAUUGCUCCCUCUCAGAAGUUGUCCAUGCACAGUCAGUAGCCAGCACAAUACUAGAAGAUGAAGGAGUGCUUGGUAGCAUUGAGAAUUCUUUCCAAAAGUUUCAUGCUUUUUUAGAUCUUCUUAGAGAUGCUGGCCUUGGACAGCUUGCAUCAAUGGCUGGUAUAGAUCAAUCAGAUUUUGGUGUAUUACAUCUUCCCCAAAUGACUACUACUGCAAAGCCAACUGUGAUAGAAAGGGAGAAGUCAUUUGAAGAAGAAAGACAAGAACACAUGCAGAAUUUUAAAAAUGCUGGCACUACCUCUUUUCUGAGUCCUCUCACUUUCCAGAAAGACUUUGAUUCAUCUCAAGCAGUAAAUAAUGACCUACCUGCAUCAGCAAAAACUCAAGACCUUCAAGGUGUUGGUCCAUCCCAGCAAAGUUUGUGGCAAGACAUUGAAGCUAAAAUAGAUAGUUGGAAAAUAGAAGAUCAUGAAUCAAAACCUGCCCAGACAGCAUCUGAGAAGAACAGCCAGCCUCUAGAAUUGGAAACAAGGGAUUCCUCUGUGAGGCAAAUACUUACCGCUCGACAUUCAGUCUCUGAACCUGUUAUCAAUGUGCUUGGUAACAAAUUUGGUGCUCCUAUUGUUGAAAAUAGUAAAGUUUCCUCAAAAAAACUUUCUUACACCACGGGCUUUACUACAGAAGAUAAAAAUCUACAAGAAGCUGACCUUUCUAGAAAUGACAGAGAGGACUCUGAUUCUGAAAUACAAGAAAGCAUCCAUUCUGUAGGAAGUGCUUGAGGAAUCCACUGGAUUGUUCACUGAAAUCAAUUUACUGCAUAAAUCUUUGGUGUUAUCCAAAAUUAUUAUGCAAUAAUUUAUAUAUGGUGGCAAAAGUAGAGAAGCAGUGACCAGAUGCUGGUGAAUAACAAUUCCCAUAUGAUUGGUCAUAUUGGUUGGAACCGCUGAGAGUUAUAACUUGCAACAAUCUGGAACAUCAGAACUUCUUCACUUUUGCAUGUAAGGAUUUGCUUUUUUAUAUCUAACUUUUUUGCAAUGUGAAUCUUUAAGAACGUUGUUGCCAGUAUUCCAAAAGAUUUAUUGUGCAUUUUGGUUUUUAUUUGGUUUUAUAAAGAAUCUGGUGUGAUUCAAAUUCUCAUUUAUAAUUAUAAUGUGAAUAAAGUUUGUACAUGGUUCUAAGUAAAAAAGGAUUUUUGUUUGUUAUUUUUAUUCAAUUUGGUGAUCUGUUUAAUGCCAAAUUUUAUUUAUUCUUAAAUUGAGUUUCACUACGGUUGUGAAGCAACUAAAAUUAAAAGGAUUUAAAAAAAGCUUUCAUGCUUUUUUGUCAGAAAUAUAACUUGUUUUAAAUGAUAGCUUGCAUACUUUAAGUUUUUUUUUUUUAAAAAUGGCUAUUAAAAACAAUUUGUUUCACAUAAACAAUUUUCUUCUAACAAGGAACCCAUAUAUCCAGUUUGUAUGUGGAACAGGUUUGCAUUAAUAACUAAAUUUUAUAUCCCUGCAGUUCAUUAAGCCAUUACUAAAUGCAAACUUUAAACAAGAUACACUCCAACACAACCUGAGACAACACACAACCACUGGUUAUGCCAAAUCCCAAAUACAUUAAAAAACAAACAUCAAUCUCAACUUAUCCACUUCCUGGUCAUAAUAAAAAUACAUAACUAAAACUUAUUUAAAUUUGUAUAAAAUAGAAAUUAC